ACAUGGAGCUGCUGUUUGUUUGAGUUUCACCGACAUUAAACCUUAAAUCGUGUUUAUAGAUUAUUGUUUGUCUGUUUUAUGCAAAACUGGAAUAUAAACGAUGUGUCCUUCACCGCCGGAGAGAAUCGCUCCAUGUCCCUUCGCCAGCUGAGCUCCUUCGGCUCCUCCUUCCUUCGCGGCGGCCGUCCUGCUCUCUGCAGGGCCGGCUUCAGGAGCAGCAGUGCCUCCUCCGUCUCCCCCUCCCGCCUCCAUUUGUUCCCCGCUCCUCCUCCAUGGUGGACGGUGCGGGGAUUUCCUCCCUGGCCUCCUCGACUUCAUCGCUCCCACCCAGCAGCAGCAGCAACAACCAGUCAGGUGUUCAGUGGUCGCACCGCCCGCCGUUCAUUCAACACCUCCGCCGGCCCCCUGAUGGAGCGGCACGACAAAGAGCCGCCUCAGAAACGGAGGAAGAGCGUAGAGGAAAAGGGAAGCGCUGGAGAAAGGGAAGGACACAAAGCAGGAGGAAAAGAUGGAGGCUCAAAGAAGGAGCACCGCCACCUGGACCCCAACGCGGACAGCUUUAGACCAAACCACCGCCACAAAGAUGGAGGUGGAGACGGAGGGAAACACGGAGCAGGAAACGGCAGCAGCAGGGAGAGCAGCAGGGAUAAAGAAAGGACUAAAACUGGGAGCAAAGACAGAGACGGGAACCGUAACACGCAGAGAAAAGACGGAGCAGCUCGAGAUGAGACUCCACAUCGAGGGAGAAGCACGCAGCAGCAGCAGGGGGGGGGGCAUAAAGACUCACAGCCUGCAGCAACCAGGACUCACAGCUCCUGGUCCAAACCCGAGCCACGUGCAGAGUCCACGCACAAACCCAGCCGCUGGGACAGAGGGCCCCCCCCCAGCAGAGCCCCCUCCUCAAACCACUGGCAGGUAGCGGGGGGCAACAGGCAUCCUCCUCCACCUGGAACCUGCCCGCCUGUCAGACAGCAGCAAGUUCCUGUUCCUAUGAAAGCUCUUCAGAGACACUGGGAGAACUCUCCUGCCUGCAGUGCGUACCCUCUGCCACCGGGGGGCAGCGCAGGCUUUGAUUUCUCAGUGCUGUCCUAUAACAUCCUGUCUCAGGACCUGCUGCAGGACAAUUCCUACCUGUACCGGCACUGUCACCCUGGGGUGCUGUCCUGGGACCACCGGCUGCCCAACCUGCUGGCUGAGAUCCAGCAUUACAACGCUGAUAUUCUUUGUCUUCAAGAAGUCCAAAAGGAUCACUACGAACACCAGAUUAGACCCGCUCUCACCCAACUAGGCUACCACUGUGAGUAUAAGAAGCGAACAGGAAAUAAACCGGAUGGUUGUGCCGUCAUCUUUAAAACCUCCCGCCUGUCGCUGGUCUCCUCCAAUCCCGUUGAGUUUUUCCGACCUGGCGACGCCCUCCUCGACAGGGACAACGUGGGAUUGGUUGUUCUGCUGCGGCCAAACGACGCCUCCUCCCAGUCGGAUCCCUCCUCCGUCAUCUGCAUCGCCAACACGCAUCUCCUCUACAACCCCCGCCGAGGCGACAUCAAACUAGCCCAGCUGGCCAUCCUAUUUGCUGAGAUCAGACGGUUGUCCCGCCUCCCGGACGGCUCGACCAAUCCCGUCGUUCUGUGUGGAGAUUUUAACUCGACCCCCCUGAGCCCGCUGUACAGCUUCCUGACCACCGGCUGCCUGGAGUACCAGGGGCUGCAGAUCGGCAUGGUGUCGGGUCAGGAAACCAGUCCCAGAGGUCAGCGUCUCCUCAUGUCUCCGCUCUGGUCUCACAGGUUGGGAAUCAACCAGCGCUGUCAGUAUGAGGACAAACACACUGCUGAGUCGUCCAUCAGCCCAGCAGCAGUAGAAGGAGCCAUCUGUAACAUGACUGUAGAAGAUCUGGCUAACAAAGCUGCUGCUGCUCUUUACAGAGCGAGGAUUGAGCACAGUCUGAAGCUUCAGUCGUCCUACCAGCACUGCCUGCCGCCUGACGGGAGACCUGAGAUCACCACCUGCCACUCCCGCACCGCCAUGACGGUGGAUUACAUCCUGUACACUCCCACCGAAUUAGUCGGGCGGGGCCUACAGCUGCUCGGCAGGCUCUCAUUGGUCGGCCAGUCGGAGCUGGAGGAAGUGAACGGUUUGCCCAAUCACCAGCACUCGUCCGACCACCUUCCUCUCCUCGCCGGCUUCCGGUACCGACGUUGACCUGACCCGUAGUCGUCAAGGCAACGCGAGACAAGCCAGCCAGCCAAUCGGGAACAUCUGUAGGCGUGCUGUCGAGUGCAGCUCAGGGAAGGAUGGCGUGUUGAAGACGUCUAGUGAUCGAGUUAAAGACUAAAUACUCGUGUUGCUUCUGGCCGCCUGUCGGAUGUGUUACGUCAGCGGGAAGCUUCAAAGGUGCUGAGCAGAAUUUACAAACAUAUCAAGCUCUCAGUUAAAGUUUGGACAGAAGAAGUUGUUAAAAAACGGAUGAAAAAAGGAUGAAGAUAAAAGGCAACAAAACAAGCGGUAACGACAUCAUGUUCACAUUAAUGAUCUUUUAUUACAAAUACUGAUAUUUAAUCUGAUUGAUUUCCUCACUUUAGAGAAUUUAACAAAUGAAAGAGAAAAGGACAUCGAGGUUUUAUUUGUAUAUAAAGUUUACUUUCUUAUCGCUGCUUUAUCAGCGUGUGAAUAAAUGAAGGGAUGAAUUUUAAACUCUUUUUUUUUUUUAAAGUUCAAAAAGGCUGCUGAUGAAGACGAUGUGGUCAUGAUGAAGAGGCGAAGCAGCCGCCAUCAUGUCCACUUAUUUACUGAUUUAACUCUUUUAACUGUUGUACCAGCUCAGUUCAGGUGUUAUGAUCUCAUUAGGAAAAUUAUCUUUUAAAAUGCUUCAAAAAAUCAGCUUUUUUUUUUAAAAUCAUGACCACUGAAACGUUUAUCCACUGUGGCAAAAAACAACAACAAGGAGUUUAUAACUGGUUAUCAAACCGUCUCAGUUUAUUACUGAUGCCUCUGUCUGACCCGCACUCAGAGAGCAGAUUGGCUGUUUUUAUGUAUUAUUAUUAAUAAUCUGCUGCUGUCAGAUUCCCACAAACAACAUCAGAAGAAAGGAGACAAGAGGAUUCUGUGUUUACAUGACAGGUGUCGUUGUAGCAUGAAGGAGGACGAAGAUGUUUUUAGGACAGCGGGAAGACUUUUCUCUAUGUUUGAUAAUGUUAAAAAGAAAGUUAGACUCGCUGUCAGCUUCUCAACUCAAUUUAAAAAAGAUGAGAAGAAGAAGAGAGAGAGAACAAAGCUGUGAAUCUGAGCAAUAAAACAUGAUUUUCUGAUAGUUUUUCAGCAGUAACGUUCACACACACACACACACACACACACACACACACACACACACACACACACACACACACACACACACCUGCAGGAAGGCGCCACGGUGCUGAAUUUGGCGUGAACGCAGCGUUAAAUAUAACUUCAGUGUAUGAACGGUAAUAAAACAUCAUCAGACUACUUUUAUUCAUCUUGUACAACCACUAAUAGAUCAAUGACUUCAUCUCUAUUCAUCCUCCAAACAGCUGUGUUUAAAAGAAAUAAGCAUCUUUCUUUCACUCACUUUAAAAGCUAAGACUUCCUCCUACAAUGUGAGGUGAUGCUGCUCUCUAUUCUGGGACAGCACUACCACUUCUGUCCACAGGGGGGCGCCAAAAACAACACACAAUAAAAGCUCCUCCCAGUAGCUUUCAAUCAAACACUAUAGCAGGAAGUGAUGGAAACGUUUUUCUAUAUUUAUUAUAAGAAAUAAAUACUGUGUAAUUAAUUGGAUCCAGUCUGAGAGAGUUUAUCUUUUUUCAACUAAUAACUGUCAAAAUAAAACAAAGAAUGUUGUUUAAAAUAAUAAUAAUAAUAAUAAUAGUGAAUUAAAACGUGUUCAUCUCAUUCACCGCCUGUUAUGAUUUGUACAUAUUCAGUAAAUAACAACAAGGCCUGGAUAUAUAUUUUUAAGCCUUUUUGGGAAGUUUUGAGUGUU